UUGUCGAUCGCGUUAUGUUAGGUAAGGAAGUAGUAAUCGUGGACGUGCACGUAGGAGAAUUAAUCUUGAAUGUAUUGGCAUCAAGCUCAGAUUUUAUUGGUCAGGUAUCACGUUUCGACGAUAACUCAUUCCGCGUCCUCAGCGCAUGUGCAUCACAUUAGACGCAUCAAUUUAAUUUAACUAUUAGUUAUCCAUAAAAUAAUUACACACGAAAGAUAUGGGCUACUUCGACUAGGACUGGAAUUUCGGUAUAAUCGGUAACGUAGAGCUGCCCAUGUCCGAGAUGAAAUCAUUCCAGUUAGAAAGAUCGAGUGUUUUCUGGAGAGAAGUAAAAUGGUGUGUACGGCUUGUAUAUUGCCAGUGCUGCACAUGAUUGACGGUCAACAACAUUUCAUUUUUAUUUUAAAAGAUUACUUCGAACAGAAUAAGAUACCGGCUUGUAUUUAUUUGUUUGAUUUCUUGCAAAAUCGGCUCGGUAGGUUCGUUUGCGAAAGACUCAUGUUACUGUGUCGUAGAUCGAAAAAAGAAUAAGAAGGAAGCACCGCGUGGAGAGAAUAUUGAGAGAUAUCUAUUGUCUGCGCGGUGGCGUUAUGUUCGUACGGGAUUUGCGAAUCUUUCCCAUUCACCAUACCAUCAAUAUAAAAUGGCUGUAUAACAUAAUUGUUAAAUAUAUACAGAAUAAUAGCUUAUGUUACAUGCAAUAAUAAAGGUAUAUAGGGGUGUCUCAUUGACCACGUACCACCCGUUAAUGCAUAGAUAAUGGCAGGACUUUUCCGUUCAGCUAAGUCCAAACUAUAUGCCAUUGACGAGUGGUAUGCGGUCAAUAACACACUCUGUAGAUUAACUGCAGUUUGUAUUUCGGCAACAUAGGUAAAAAUAUCAAAGAAAGUAAAAUUGUACAUGUUUGCAUAAUGAAAUACAUUAUUAUUAAUGUUCAAUUAUAUAAUGUUCAAUUAAUAUCUUGUAACUAACCUUUAAUAUAUGUUCAUAAUAAGAAACGCAAUAUACAUUUCACAUUAUAGAUAUACAUAUUGUCAAUAAUAUAGAUGUUUUGACAUUAUUAAAAAACAGUUUUAUUUUUGUAAUUUUCAAUUAAAUUGACAAGUUAGAAGUUUGAUUAACGCGAUUAUUGGUAUAUGCUUUUUCUUCGUGUGCUUUUUCUGUGCUUCUUAACGGCAUAUUAUGUAUGAAUAAUGUAUAAAAUAUCGAUCUUUUCUAUUCUAUUUCGAAACCUCCUCAAUAUCAGACAUUAUAGUGUUCAUAAUGGACGUAAUGAGGAACUAGCUGAUUCUAUCUAUAUAUAAAUCUAUACACCUGCACGAAGCUAGAACAUCACGACCAUUGUCGUUCAGUCGUUGUCAACUAUAGUCAGUCGCUAAGAAGGAUCCGAAAUAGAAUCAAAGUCGUUUAUGUUUCACAUGUUCACGCAUAAGAAGUCGUAGGAAUAUACUGAGAACUGCGCAGCAAAAUUCUACGUUGCCCAUUUAACUUGAAAAUUAGAGGACUUUCAAGUAAUAAAUUUUAGUAUGGUAAAGAUGAUAUUACAAGACUGUAUUUUCAUGAGCUGGCAGUCGCUCAAAGUGCUAAGUGUGAGAAAAGAGCACAGUAACAAUAUUACAAGUUUAUUGCAAGAUUUACCACUGUUGGAAACAGAUUGACCAAGGGUUUCACUCAGACAUGUUACGGCAUUGCAUUUUUUUCAUUCCCUUGGAACGAUUGUAUAAAUGAUUCCUGCUUCUAAACAUCACAUUGUCAGUUGUGAACUCUGAGAGGACACAUUACAGAAUAUCAUAAACUAAUAUCGGUAGAAAUUGAAGUUUAGUCAUAGUGCGCUUCACGAUUUAAUCACUGCUAUUCUUGAUUUUAUUAAAAUUACUUUCAAUAUUGUUAAUACGAUAACAUAAGAGUAAGAGUGGAUAACAUACCAUCGGCAAUAUGACGUGGUGUAAGUCAACACUUUACCCGUUCACGAUGAGAGAUGAUCGCGUUAUGGUAGGGACUGGUAGGAGUGUGGAGGAACUAAUCGGCGACGUGCACAUAGGAGAGUCGAUCUUGAACGCAAUGAUAUCAACCCCGGAUUUCGUCGGCCAGGUACAUGCAGAGACGGAAGAGCAAGUCACGUUUCUGGAGAUGCGACAGAAGAGCGUUAAGUGUGCGUUGUGGCUGAGAAUGCAGAACGUCCAACCCGGCGAUAUAAUAAUGGUGUGCCCGAGUAAAACAAUCGACAUUUACAUUCCGUUUCUAGCGGGUUUGUACAUCGGCGCGGUCGUGAACACAUGGGAUAUAAAUUGCAAAUUGAAUCUCAACGUGCUGCGCCGGACUAGACCGAAGGUGAUAUUCACCGGUAGAAGACACGUGUUAGAGAUGUACGCUCUGGCUGGCCUUCUUCUCAGGGAGGACUUUCAAACGAUAAUCGUAGCUUUCCAGCCGCAACAAGAUUUUAUCACUCUGGAAACGAUUCUAAACAGUUUCAACGAAAACGACGUCGAGAACUUCACGUGCUCUCCAAGAAGGAGAAGGAGAGACACCGCAGUAAUACUAUAUACUGUUAACAUGAUGACCGUUGAGAAGAACGUGCAGAUACCUUACUCGGCGUUUCUAUCUUCGUUCAAUUCUGUGAUACCUCCCAUGACACAGAAUACCCACGGCUUGUGGUAUGGAAACUUAGGUAAUCACCAAAAUCUAAUGCUGUUGGUGAACGCGAUCAUCUCAUACGUGACGCUGGUCGUGUGGUGGCGAAAUGACUUCCAACAUGUGUUCGCGGCGAUACAUCGGUUCCAGGUGGAGUGGAUGUACCUUAGCUCCGCACAAGCCAAGAAAAUGUAUAACUACCUUAAUUACUUGCAACAGCCGCACCUUCCUUUUUCUUCGGAGGAUUCUUCGGAGGAUUCUUCGGAGGAUGACGACGAUGAAUGGUCCUUACAUCAAAGAGAGGAAAUAAAAGAGGAGAGAGUAAUAGAAGAGGAGAGAGUAAUAAAAGAAGAGAGAGUAAUAGAAGAGGAGAGAGUAAUAGAAGAAGAGAGAGUAAUAGAAGAGAAAAGAGUAAUACGACGUGAAGAAGUACAUGAAAGUGAAGAAGAAGAAGAUGACGAUGAAGAUGAAGAAAUGGAAGAGAUAGAGAAGAGAGCAAUAGAAGAAGAGAGAGUAAUACGACGUGAAGGAGAACAUGAAAGCGAAGAAGAAGAUGAUAAAGAUGACGAUGAAGAUGAAGAAAUGGAAGAGAUAGAGAAGAGAGCAAUAGAAGAAGAGAGAGUAAUACGACGUGAAGAAGAACAUGAAAGCGAAGAAGAAUUCGAAUUCGAAUUUGAAGCUGAAGAUGUAGAAAUGGAAGAGCUCGAGAAGAGAGUACUAGGAGAGGCGAGAGUAAUACGACGUGAAGAAGAACAUGAAAGCGAAGAAGAAGAAGAAUCCGAAGAUGAAGAUGAAGAAAUAGAAGUAGAAGAGGACAGAGUAAUAGAAGAGGAGAGAGUAAUACGACAUGAAGAAGAAGAAUACGAAGAUGAAGAUGAAGAUGAAGAAAUGGAAGUAAAGAUCGAGAAGCCCGAUAUAUCUUGCUUGAAGUAUCUCAUGCAUGAUUUCGAUCUCAAACGUCCCUACUCUCACGAUACAUUUGUCAGGUCGCUAGAAGGAACCUCUGUCAUUAUAUUAUACUGUUAUCCCGAGAUUGGCAUAAUCGCUUGUCGAUGGGACACUGAAGGACACCCGCAUGUCGGUUACGUGAAUAGGAAUGUUGAGGUGAAGAUUGUCGACUGCACGACUGGAAUGCCGGUGAACUAUAACGAAUUCGGCGAAAUCUGCUGCAGAUCCCCGGGUAUAAUGAAUGGCUAUCACCUGCAGCCUAUGAUUACGCGUUCCGCUAUCAACAUGCAGGGAUGGCUACACACGAAAGAUUUCGGCUACUUUGAAACAGAUGGUUGUCUCUGCAUGACCGGUAAUGUAAAGCCAUCCAUCAGAUUCCGAGAUGAAAACAUUGCAGCUGAUGAAAUCGAGUUUUUGCUGGAAAGACACAAAGUAGUGGAAAAAGCUUGUAUAAUGCCGAUAUUGGACAGGCUUGACGGUCAACAUCCGUUCGCGUUCAUUUCGAAAAAUUAUAUGUCGAAGAUGUCGAAGAUGUCGAAGAUGGAAAUAGAAAGAUUUGUGGAAAGAGGAUUGAGAGAUUCCUACAGGCUUCGCGGUGGCAUCAGGUUCCUGAGAUCGGGACUAUCCUCGAUGUAUUAUUACAGAACCAUUGAUUUUAAACGGUUGUAUCACAUAAUUGUUAAAUAUGUGCAGAAUGACAGCUUAUGUUAUAUGGAAUAAUAAAGUCAUGCAAAUUAACCGUGCUUUGAAUUUCGGUAAUAUAGUUAAAAAAUCAAAGAGAAUGUAAAUACUUUUGCAAUUAAAUAUGCUAUUAGUAUAAUAAUUAAAAUAAUAAUUAAAUAUGCUGUUACUAAUGUUAAAUAAUGUAAUUGUCUGUACAACAAAGAAACUUUAAUAGACAUUUG